CAGGAGACAUCUGGCAUCCUCAUGGCUAGAGAAGGAUUGCGUUGCCUUGGUGGAGUACGCGUGUGGCUGAGCUCCUCACUUCCACCUCCCAAACACCACAAAUGAAGUCGGAAAUGACAGAUGACCUUGACGUUGAUGCAAUGUUAGAAGCUCCAUUCAAGAAGGAGAUAACCUAUUCAGUCACUGUCUCCCACCCUCCAUGAUAAAACGGUCGUGAGCUCGAAUACUGUGCUCCCUCCAUCGCCAGGUACUGGUAGUACAUAAGGUAUAACUCUUGUUGAUGAACUCAGUGACAGGUCACGUCUCCAGUGUCACAAGUUUUCAGCCAUAUUCCAUCAAAGUAUUGUCAUGCAUUACAAAUGCCACCAAAAUUACUUUUUGUGGAUCUAAGUUGCAGACUUGAGGUUUAAUCACAUACAGGGCAAGGUUGAAACCUCUACUGAUUCAGAUUGGAAUGUGGUAGUAAACUUAGACAAUGUCAACAGUUCAUAUUCUAGGCUAAAAGAACCAGGGAUAGAUAUAUAAAAGAACUUGCAGUUGUAUGUUCCUCUAGACUUCCUAAAAAAUAUAUUUUUUCCAAGUGCAGAGGACUUUCAUCUGCUUGAUCUUAUCUCUGGAUUGUUUUGCCAGGCUGUGAACAGUUGCAGCUCUGUAAGUCAUUUACUAUAACUACCUCAUUGGUCAUGCUGAUACUAGUAGUAUGUAGUAAGUAUGGAUUUCAGUGAACCAUAAAUCAUAACAUGUAAGUGAGAAAUUCAUAUUAUAGUUAUUGAAUGUUCAGUGCUAGUUCAGCCAGAUAUAAACUUAUAAUUGUUUUUAGUUUGUUAUCACAAGUGACAGUUUCAAAGUAACAGUAUUAUGGAUUUUUUUACCUGUAUAUCAAUAUAUUUUAGUAUCAAUUAGGAAUGAGUGUAGUGUCCUAUGAAUUGCCUUCUUGGAUAUUUGGGUGUACAGCAUUUUGAAAAGUAUGUAAUAGUAAUAUGCUGACUUCAAGUAGAAACCUUUUUAAGGAAUCUUCUCAUAUGCUUGCUGUAUCAUCUUUUUUAUCAUUGGAUUUUUGUCAUGAUUCACAUAUUUGGAAAUGUUUCCAUAAAGAUCUCACUAAAAUUAGAUAGAAGUAAAGCAGUAAGGCUCUGUGGUAUUGAAAUUUGAAAGCUGAUGGAAGAAUGUAGUAGUGAACUCUGGCCUCCUUGCACGAUGGUACCAAAGUGAAGGAGAGAACAAAAUAAAAAGUGGUAAUUGGUGAAGCAACAGUGUGUCCCGUGGUGGCCUUGGUACUGACAACUUGGUAUCUCCACUCAGAUGCUGGCGACGGCAAGCUCACUCCACCGAGGGAUCUCGCUCCUUACUCACUCCACUCAACACCAUCAUCAUAAAUUGACCACAAUAUUUAAUGUUUAUGUGUCAUGAUGAGGACAUUCAGUAAAACAGGUAUAAAUUUUUUAAAGGAAAUGCUAGUUAUGUGGUCAGUCUCUUAUUUUAUAAUCCCUUUUAUUUAUUUAUUUAUUUAUUAUUUUCCCCUCUUGUACUGUGACUGGUGCAUGUGUUGUAUAUUGGUGCAAUAUAACUUCACAUUGCGUCAAGGCUCCAGUCUAAAGUUUGCGUUUUGCAGGCGGUCGUGCCUUGGUUGGACCCUACGGCUAGAGAGACAUCAGGACGCUACUUCAUCCUCAGUGGACGCCAAGCCUAAGGAAAAUGGACAUACAUCUUCCAAAGACAGGAAAGAAAAGGAUAGGGACCGAGAAAGAGACAGGGAGAGGGACAAGGACAAGGAGAAAGACAAAGACAGGGAUAGAGAUAGAGACAGGAAAGACAGGGAUAGGGAUAGAGAUAGGGAUAGGGGUAAGGACAAAGAUAAAGAUAGGGAUAAAGACAGAGACAAGGAUAGAAAAAGAAGGUCCCGCAGCAAGUCACGUGACCGUGACCGUAAGAAGAGGAGCAAGUCGAGGGAGCGCAAGAAGAAGUCCCGUUCUCGCUCCAAAGACCGUGACCGCAGGAGGAAGUCUCGCUCCCGAUCUCGGGACAGGCGCCGCAAGUCUCGUUCCAAGGAGCGCCGCCGCACCAGGAGCAAAAGUCGUGACCGUCGUCGCAGGAGUCGAAGUCGGGAGCGCCGGAGGAGUCGCAGCAGGGACCAUCGCCGCACCAGGACCAGGAGCAAAACUCCUAAACAGGAGUUGUCUGUGGAGGAGAGAGAUGCCCGAACAGUUUUCUGCAUGCAGCUGUCAUCUCGCAUACGUUCGCGUGACCUGGAAGAUUUCUUCUCAGUGGUUGGGAAGGUUAACGACGUCCGCAUCAUCACAGACACAAAAACCCGCAGAUCAAAAGGAAUUGCUUAUGUGGAGUUUGUUGAUGUUGAGUCUGUGCCACUGGCACUGGGAUUGUCAGGUCAGAAGAUUCUUGGUGUGCCCAUCGUGUGUCAACCAACCCAAGCUGAGAAAAAUCGUGCAGCAUCGUCAGCAGCUGCUCAGGACCAAAAGGCUGCAUCAGGCCCUAUGAGACUGUAUGUAGGGUCCCUGCAUUUCAACAUCACAGAAGACAUGCUGAGGGGUAUCUUCGAGCCAUUUGGAAAGAUUGAUCACAUCCAGUUGAUUAUGGACUCAGAAACUGGGAGAUCUAAAGGUUAUGGGUUCAUCACAUUCCACAAUUCAGAUGAUGCUAAGAAAGCACUUGAACAGCUGAAUGGCUUUGAACUGGCUGGGCGUCCCAUGAAGGUGAAUCAUGUCACAGAGCGAUCUGAGACACAGCAGGGUUCCUCCCUCCUUGACUCAGAUGAAAUGGAAAGAGCAGGCAUUGACUUAGACAACUGGCAGGAAUUGUCAGGUAGAUAUAACAGGCAUAAUAGUGCUACUGGCAGAUUACAGUUGAUGGCCAAAUUAGCUGAAGGGACUGGUCUUCAGCUUCCUGCUGCAGCAGCAAAUGCUUUGCACAUGCCUGCACAGCCCCAGCAGCAGCCUGCACCACCCAUUGCUACACAGUGUUUCCUUCUCUCAAACAUGUUUGAUCCCUCCACGGAAACAAAUCUCAAUUGGGCAGAUGAGAUUCGGGAUGACGUGCUUGAAGAAUGCAACAAGCACGGUGGUGUCCUACACAUCUUUGUAGACCGACAGUCAGCCCAAGGAAAUGUUUAUGUCAAGUGCCCUACUAUAGCCACUGCUGCUGCCUCUGUCAAUGCCCUUCAUGGGAGAUGGUUUGCAGGAAAAAUGAUCACAGCUGCAUAUGUGCCCGUGAUGAGCUACCAUUCCCUCUUCCCUGAGGCCAUGACUGCGACUCAGCUGGUGUUCCCUCGAUGAAGAGCCUUGCACCGUUUGUCUGUUACUCCAAAUAAUCACUUGGUUUGCAGGUGACAAUUGUAGUGGAGGCUGCAAGCAAUUCAUGUGAUACUUUUUUUUUAUGGAUAACUUUUUCUAUUUUUUGCAAGUGACCAAAGUUUCUACAAACUACCUUGCAGGUCAUUUUGAUGAGUUAGAUUUUGUAAUGCCCCAAAAUUGUUUGGAGUGUUAAAUUUAAACACGAGGAAUAGCUUUAGUGGGAGUAAUGAUUGAUGGGAGCUCCUGAAGGAAUUUUUGCCUGCAACAUUGUUUGGUGUAUAACUACCUCCAGAUAAAAUUUUCAUGAUUACUGAUGUAUGGUAUUUUGGGGUGACUUCCUAAUUUUCUCUUGUUAUGUCCAAAGACUUGGGUCCCUAGGCACACAUUCUCUUAAGUGAAAGAUUUGUUUAUGAAGAUGUAGGUCCUCUGAACCUUUCUUGUAAGUGAAACACUCGACAAAGACCAGGAAGUGAGUCAAAGAAGUAGUGGUUAGUCAACAUAAUGCUAUUUUUGCAAGUAAUUAUAUAUUGAGUUGUGUGAGGAUACCACAUGCACAGUGUGAAUACUGGUCUGGAGUGUAAAUAUGUACAGCAGGUAUGAUAUUCGAUCCAUGCACUUCCAAGUCAUAAUAAUGUGUUUAUAUUAAUAAAUAUUCUUGACCUAA